AUGAACUUUGAAGAUCUCCUACAAGAAGUAGGUGGUUUUGGCAAAUUCCAGGUCCUAACGUUGCUCCUUCUCUGCUUUCCAAGACUCUUAUUGCCCCUGCAUUUCCUUCUGCACAACUUUCUGGCGGCCAUCCCACGUCAUCACUGUGACAUCACAUAUGAUGACCGACUGGCCAACCUCACCAAGGAAGAAGCGUGGCUUAUUAGCAUCCCAAGAGAUGCUGAAGAUGUCUUCAGCUCCUGCAAGAUGUUCUCAGAACCUCAGUUUCAUUUACUGGUUAACUCUACCCAGGAAGCAUCUAACACCACAAUGAACAUCACCGCUGUACAGAACUGCCAACAUGGAUGGAUCUAUGAUCAAUCCCAGUUCACGUCUACUAUAGCCACCCAGUGGGACUUGGUUUGUGAACAAAGAGGACUGAACCAAGCAACUGCUACUUUCUUCUUCAUUGGUGUCAUGUUUGGUGCUGUGAUCUUUGGCUACCUCUCAGAUAGGUUUGGGCGAAAAUCCAUGCUCCUUGUGGCAUAUGUAGGCACUCUCCUCUUUGGCAUGCUGAGUGCCAUCUCCGUUACUUACAGUAUGCUUGCAGUCACACGGACCCUGACAGGGGUGGCUAUGUCUGGACUCUCCCUCAUUGUACUACCUCUAGGCUUAGAAUGGGUGGAUAUACACCAUCGUACCUUUUCUGGGGUCACAACUAGUAUCUUCUGGAGUUUGGGAAAUAUGCUUCUUGCUCUGAUUGCCUACUUUGUGCGGGACUGGCGUUGGCUGUUGUUUGCUGUCACUCUGCCUUGUUUUGUGGGUAUCGCCUCUUUGUGGUGA